AUGCUGCUGCUGCUUCUGCUACUGCUGCUGCUGCUUCCAGGUCCCAGCUUGGACCAGCACAGCUUCCUGGGUGGCCCUGUGCACCCAGUAGAUGACCAGGACACAGAGGUCCAGAGAGAUGCUCCAAGCAGCCCCAGGCACCAGCCUCUCCUAGAUCCCACAUGGAUUGAGUGCUGGCAUCGGCCCCAUGCCGUGGCCUGCUGGAAGGCUGUGCCUGGGUUGAGCCUGGGUACAGCCCUCUCCCUGACCACUCUGAACCUGACUCCACAUCUGUGCGAGGGGGAUAGAGAUGGUCAGCGUGGAAGCAGGAGGGCCUCCUCCCAGGGCGGGACCAUCGGGCAUGCCCUGGGGCUCAGGGCCACCUCUCCCCGCUCCACAGUGGCGGCCUGUGAGGCCCGGCGCAUCGCCUCCACCUCCCCCACUCGAUCCGGGACCUGGCCCCGCGGCUCCAGGGAGCAACGGCAGCUCCUCCUGCCCCGCGGAGCGGGAGGACCAGGGCCAGAAGCCUUCGGUGCUUCGGGGCCGAGGACUGCAGGGCUCUCACGGUGUGUUUCUGCAAGUAACACUCGGAGGGCGACACUGAAGCCCACACUGAAGUCUCCCGGCACAGCCGACUCCUUCCCGAACUGCUUGACAAAACGCAGGCCCCCGGGGGUGCCCAGCGCCACAGAGGUCCUGGUGCCCGUGGGCAGACCCCGAGCGGAGGAGAAGACCCCUUUGUCGUGUCAGCGUGGAAGCAGGAGGGCCUCCUCCCAGGGCGGGACCAUCGGGCAUGCCCUGGGGCUCAGGGCCACCUCUCCCCGCUCCGCAGUGGCGGCCUAUCCGGGACCUGGCCCCGCGGCUCCAGGGAGCAACGGCAGCUCCUCCUGCCCCGCGGAGCGGGAGGACCAGGGCCAGGUCAGCGUGGAAGCAGGAGGGCCUCCUCCCAGGGCGGGACCAUCGGGCAUGCCCUGGGGCUCAGGGCCACCUCUCCCCGCUCCGCAGUGGCGGCCUGUGAGGCCCGGCGCGUCGCCUCCACCUCCCCCACUCGAUCCGGGACCUGGCCCCGCGGCUCCAGGGAGCAACGGCAGCUCCUCCUGCCCCGCGGAGCGGGAGGACCAGGGCCAGGUCAGCGUGGAAGCAGGAGGGCCUCCUCCCAGGGCGGGACCAUCGGGCAUGCCCUGGGGCUCAGGGCCACCUCUCCCCGCUCCGCAGUGGCGGCCUGUGAGGCCCGGCGCGUCGCCUCCACCUCCCCCACUCGAUCCGGGACCUGGCCCCGCGGCUCCAGGGAGCAACGGCAGCUCCUCCUGCCCCGCGGAGCGGGAGGACCAGGGCCAGGUCAGCGUGGAAGCAGGAGGGCCUCCUCCCAGGGCGGGACCAUCGGGCAUGCCCUGGGGCUCAGGGCCACCUCUCCCCGCUCCGCAGUGGCGGCCUGUGAGGCCCGGCGCGUCGCCUCCACCUCCCCCACUCGAUCCGGGACCUGGCCCCGCGGCUCCAGGGAGCAACGGCAGCUCCUCCUGCCCCGCGGAGCGGGAGGACCAGGGCCAGGUCAGCGUGGAAGCAGGAGGGCCUCCUCCCAGGGCGGGACCAUCGGGCAUGCCCUGGGGCUCAGGGCCACCUCUCCCCGCUCCGCAGUGGCGGCCUGUGAGGCCCGGCGCGUCGCCUCCACCUCCCCCACUCGAUCCGAGACCUGGCCCCGCGGCUCCAGGGAGCAACGGCAGCUCCUCCUGCCCCGCGGAGCGGGAGGACCAGGGCCAGGUCAGCGUGGAAGCAGGAGGGCCUCCUCCCAGGGCGGGACCAUCGGGCAUGCCCUGGGGCUCAGGGCCACCUCUCCCCGCUCCGCAGUGGCGGCCUGUGAGGCCCGGCGCGUCGCCUCCACCUCCCCCACUCGAUCCGGGACCUGGCCCCGCGGCUCCAGGGAGCAACGGCAGCUCCUCCUGCCCCGCGGAGCGGGAGGACCAGGGCCAGGUCAGCGUGGAAGCAGGAGGGCCUCCUCCCAGGGCGGGACCAUCGGGCAUGCCCUGGGGCUCAGGGCCACCUCUCCCCGCUCCGCAGUGGCGGCCUGUGAGGCCCGGCGCGUCGCCUCCACCUCCCCCACUCGAUCCGGGACCUGGCCCCGCGGCUCCAGGGAGCAACGGCAGCUCCUCCUGCCCCGCGGAGCGGGAGGACCAGGGCCAGGUCAGCGUGGAAGCAGGAGGGCCUCCUCCCAGGGCGGGACCAUCGGGCAUGCCCUGGGGCUCAGGGCCACCUCUCCCCGCUCCGCAGUGGCGGCCUGUGAGGCCCGGCGCGUCGCCUCCACCUCCCCCACUCGAUCCGGGACCUGGCCCCGCGGCUCCAGGGAGCAACGGCAGCUCCUCCUGCCCCGAGGAGCGGGAGGACCAGGGCCAGGUCAGCGUGGAAGCAGGAGGGCCUCCUCCCAGGGCGGGACCAUCGGGCAUGCCCUGGGGCUCAGGGCCACCUCUCCCCGCUCCGCAGUGGCGGCCUGUGAGGCCCGGCGCGUCGCCUCCACCUCCCCCACUCGAUCCGGGACCUGGCCCCGCGGCUCCAGGGAGCAACGGCAGCUCCUCCUUCCCCGCGGAGCGGGAGGACCAGGGCCAGGUCAGCGUGGAAGCAGGAGGGCCUCCUCCCAGGGCGGGACCAUCGGGCAUGCCCUGGGGCUCAGGGCCACCUCUCCCCGCUCCGCAGUGGCGGCCUGUGAGGCCCGGCGCGCCGCCUCCACCUCCCCCACUCGAUCCGGGACCUGGCCCCGCGGCUCCAGGGAGCAACGGCAGCUCCUCCUGCCCCGCGGAGCGGGAGGACCAGGGCCAGGCGGUGACGUGUGGUGACAGUGGUUCAUCCCCGUGGUGUUUGUUCCUCCCCAAGCUGCGCCGGCCCCAGCGGGAGGGGUCAGCGUGGAAGCAGGAGGGCCUCCUCCCAGGGCGGGACCAUCGGGCAUGGCCUGGGGCUCAGGGCCACCUCUCACCGCUCCGCAGUGGCGACCUCUGUGGCCCGGCGCGUCGCCUCCACCUCCCCCACUCGAUCCGGGACCUGGCCCCGCGGCUCCAGGGAGCAACGGCAGCUCCUCCUGCCCCGCGGAGCGGGAGGACCAGGGCCAGAAAACGCAGGCCCCCGGGGGUGCCCAGCGCCACAGAGGUCCUGGUGCCCGUGGGCAGACCCCGAGCGGAGGAGAAGACCCCUUUGUCGUGUCAGCGUGGAAGCAGGAGGGCCUCCUCCCAGGGCGGGACCAUCGGGCAUGCCCUGGGGCUCAGGGCCACCUCUCCCCGCUCCGCAGUGGCGGCCUGUGAGGCCCGGCGCAUCGCCUCCACCUCCCCCACUCGGUAA